CAAAACACAGGACCAAGAACAAUGCCCCUCUUGUUCCUCCGACAGUAACAACCACCCCAAAACCACCACCACCAAACCAUAAAAACGACGCCGUCCUCCUCCUCCGCCUCUAAUGGUUGUUGUCCAAGCCUCCAAGCUCAACCUCCCCUACCCCUCUCUCUCCUCCCCACACAUCACCUCCCUCCUCUUUGAGCCCACCUCUCUCUCUCUAGCCCUCAUGCACUCUGACUCCACUUUCUCUCUCUACCCUUCUCUCUCCCCUCUUUCUCUCUCCUCCCUCCCUCCUCCCCAAACCCUAAUCCACCCACCUUCCUCGUCCUCCACUUUCCUCCUCCUCCAAAACCCUAACAAUUCCAAUCCCAAAGUCCUCUUCAUUGUCUCUGGCCCUCACAAGGGUGGGUCCCAAAUCCUCCUCAGGUUCUAUGUCCUCCACAAAAUGACCCAAUUUGUGAGGGCCCAGGUGGUCUGCACCCAGAAAGAUCUCAGCUUUGAUCACAAGUUUGGGGCUUUGGUGGAUUGCAAUCACGGGGUUUCGGUUAGGCUUUCUGGGUCUGUGAACUUUUUCGCAAUGUAUUCAGUUUCGGGCUCCAAGAUUUGGGUUUUUGCUGUCAAAGAUGUUGGUGAGGUGGCUGUGAAGCUGAUGAGGUGUGCUGUCAUUGAUUGCUGCAAGCCUGUGUGGUCUAUUAGCGUUUCGUUUGGGUUCUUGAUGUUGGGGGAGGAUGGUGGAGUGAGGGUUUUCGACUUGAGGAAGGUUGCGAAGGGGAGGGUGAGAAAGUCUAGGACUUUGAAUGGGGUGAGUGGUGACAAUGUGGUGGUGCAUUGUGAAGCUGGGGAUUGUGGGAGUAAGCAUGGAAGUGGGAAAUGUGAUGGGAGUUGCAGUGGUUACUUGUGCUGCAAGAAUGAUACGACUUGUGUCUCUGGUAUAUCCUUUGGACAAGGACAUGGGUGCUAUUCAUUUAAGCAAGACAAGCAGAGGUCUGUUAAACUGAAACAAGAACCAUGUGAAGACGGAGUGUAUUUUGUGGCAUUCAAGGGCAAGGAGUUAGAAACCUCUAAACCAAGAAGAAAGAUACUGGUGAAGGCAAUUUCCCUUGAAGCACUGUCCCCUAACAAAUUUUUAAUCCUUGACUCUGAUGGAGGUUUACAGCUGUUGCACCUUUCUAGACCUGUAAUGGGAUCAAAUAUAACUACUUUUAUGCAGCAGUUGCCUAACGGUAUGAAAGUGCAAAAGGUGGCUGUUCUUCCUGAAAUAGCUGCAAGAACACAAUCUGUUUGGGUGUCAGAUGGCUACAAUUCUGUGCAGAUGAUGGUGGCAUCUGACAUGGAUAUCGCAGUUAGCGAAAAUGAUUUAAAUGAGAUCAAGGAAAAGCCGUUGCACAUCACAGUUGGUCUCACAAUAUUCACUGGGGAAAAGAUUCAAGACCUUACUCCUUUGGCCACAAAUGCUAUUUUGAUUCUUGGACAAGGAAACUUGUACACGUAUGCAACCUCUUGAAGUUUCACAGUACAACUGUUUCUUCGAUUGAACUUUGGAAUUCCAAGCAAUAUUAAUUGAGCUCUACUGGUUUGAUGGAGGUUCUUAAGUAAUUCUAUUUAAACAGAGCUUCAGUUUCCUAAUAUAUCUAAAGUGGACAAGAUUAAAUGCUGAACUCUUGAAGGUAAUAUGGAACUGGGACCAGUUUGGUGCUUACCAUUGCUUUCCAAAAUACUUGAAGGUCGAGUGUUUCAGCCCUCCAUUGCUCUACCUGACUCCACGAGCAACAACGUUGUCAUAUGUGCGAUUAUUUGCUGUUGGUUGCUCAGAGUUGCCUCGUGCGGAGUGUCUUUUUCAUGAUGUUCGACUGGAGAACUGAACGCAUUUGACCAAAGGUAAAAAAAAGCUAUGAGUCAGCUUUCCAAGAAUGUUCUUUAUAAUUCACCAACUUAUGAGACUUCCAGUUCUUAAAGCUUGUAUGGUCUAAAAACUGGUCUAGCUUAUCAUUUGUCAUCAACACAUACACUCGGUGAGUGAAAGCACAUUGUUUCCUUUAAACCUGCUGUGAAUCUGUUUGAUGUUGCUUUGAAAUUAAAGAAAUGACAAGUUAUCACUCAUGCCUACAUAUCUCUGCACUUCCAUCCUCUCUAAAGGUUUGGUUUAUAUACAUGCGUGAUAGAUGAGAACGUUAUCUACCUACCGUUUACACGGGUGGUAAGUUUCUCAAGGUUUCUGGCCUUG